AUGAUGGAAGCGCCGCCGGGUAAGAAACCUAAGGUUGUUUACAAAAGGAAAGGGGAUAACGUACUAGAAUUGAACACGAGUAACGUUAAGAGUGCAACUAAGAUCAAGCUACGUGAUAGUAUACCAAGUAAAGCCAAACCUAAGAACAAAAAAGACACCAAAUCAUCCACUCAGCUCUACCUCGAUUUUGGACAACGAAACGCUCACACUAUCGAAUGCAAAGACUGUGGAAUGAGAUAUACCCGUGGGAAUACAACAGAGAUUAGCUUACAUGAGACAUAUCAUUCAACUACUAUAUUUGGAAUCGAAUGGAAUCAUAAAAUGACACAAUCAGUCAAAUCACUCGAAAAGAUCGACAGAUUGGGAAUUUUGCGCGUAGAUCCCUCGAAUGCAUCACAAUAUGUAACUAGAAAAGUAGAAGAAGUGCACGCACUACUGCAUAGUUCAUUAGAUGCACCAAGUUUUACUGAAAGUAUCAAAAACACUGCCAGAACAUACCUCGCGAUAGAAGAUAAUCGUAUAGUUGCAUCUGCAGUUACAACUCCAAUGAGCUCUGCUUAUAGGGUUGACAUUUCUCGUAUGUACCUUGAAGGUGCCCAACUAGGUGACAUCCAGUUUAACUCGAUCAGCGUAAACAAAGAACUAAGAGAGAACAUCAAAGUGGGAAUACACCGUAUAUUCGUACUACCAGCUUACAGGAAGAAAGGCAUAGCGAUGCUCCUACUAAACAAUAUCGCUGCUAGUGAAGUAUAUGGGAAUACACUCACCAGUGAUGACAUAGCGUUUAGUCAACCAACUUCCGAUGGUGCGAGAUUAGCUUACAAAUGGUCUAAACGUUUAGAUUUUCUUAUUUUUGAUGAUACAACUUAACUAAUUGUUAUAUUACUCUUGU